UUUAUUUAUAAGAAGCUGAGUGAGAUAGAGAGACUGCGUGAGAAGAAAGCAGAGAAACAGAAAGAGAUCGUGUUACGGCGGCGUAAGAGCGAUGGAUCCAAACGCAUUGUCAAAGGCAUUCGUGGAACACUACUACACCACCUUCGACACCAACCGUCCCAAUCUCGCCGCUCUCUAUCAAGAUGGUUCCAUGCUCACCUUCGAAGGUCAGCAAAUUAUGGGAUCUCAGAAUAUCGUCACUAAACUCACUUCUCUCCCUUUCCAGCAGUGCCAUCACUCCAUCACCACCGUUGAUUGUCAACCUUCUGGCGCUAACGGCGGCAUGCUCGUCUUUGUCAGUGGUAAUCUUCAGCUCGCCGGCGAACAACACGCCCUCAAAUUCAGUCAGAUGUUCCAUUUGAUACCAACACCGCAAGGAAGCUAUUAUGUGUGGAAUGACAUAUUCCGUUUGAACUAUGCAUGAAGAUAGACUGCUGAAUGUAUAAGUUUGCGUACAACUGUUUUGCUUCAGACAUUUGAAAUUAAAAUUGGGUCUUUUGGUUUGUGUUAAUUCUUAAUUGUGUCUCCUGUUCAGAAUUGUGUUUAAACUCUUCGAAGGAAAAUUUGUUGAAGAUCAAUGAAUAUUGGGGGUUGAAAACUUUAUACUGGUUCCAUAUCCAUGCAAUUUGCAUCUAAAAUUUGGCUUUUGUGCA